AUGGUGAUUAGCAGUGGCGUAUUUGUGGCUCGUUCGUGUUGCUUGAGGCUGCAAACACCGCUCCUUGCACUGCGCCGGAGAUUCUGCGGAGCCACAGCUUGCUCUGUUUCUCUGAACGAGACCACGCCGACUAAGAAGAAGAAAUCCGACAAGGAGAAGGUGAUUGUGAUUUCUGGGCCCACCGGCGCCGGGAAAAGCAGACUUGCCAUGGAGCUCGCUAAGCGUCUCAAUGGCGAAAUCAUCAGUGCUGACUCUGUUCAGGUGUUCCAAGGCCUUGAUGUUGGAUCAGCUAAGCCAUCAGCAGAAGAUAGAAAGGAAGUCCCACAUCAUCUUAUCGACAUUUUGCAUCCAUCUCAAGACUACUCUGCGGGGGAUUUUUUCGACGAUGGAAGGCAAGCUACUAAAGAUAUUCUUAGCAGAGGGCGUGUUCCCAUAGUUACAGGUGGCACUGGCUUGUACCUGCGAUGGUUUAUCUAUGGGAAGCCGGAUGUGCCAAAACCUUCUCCAGAGGUAAUCUCUGAGGUCGAAAAUAUGAUAGGUGGUUUUCAAUUCGAAGAGAACUGGGAUGAAGCUGUUGAGUUUGUGGUCAAUGCUGGUGAUCAAAAAGCCUCUUUGUUACCUCGUAAUAAUUGGUAUAGACUACGGCGUAGCCUCGAGAUACUCAAGUCAACAGGAUCUCCACCGUCUUCCAUUCGCCUUCCAUAUGAUUCUUUUCGAGAAAAUAUGAACUCUUCUGAUGCCAAUGACAUAGAUGAGACUGAUCCGUUUGCUGAUAUCUCUGUCCAAAACAUAGAGACAGAUUUGGACUAUGACUUCCUCUGUUUCUUCUUGUCAAGCCCGAGGAUUGAUCUCUACAGAUCUAUUGAUUUCAGAUGUGAAGAUAUGCUUUCAGGUGACAAUGGAGUUUUGUCAGAAGCUAGAUGGCUUCUUGAUCUUGGUCUUCUUCCAAACACAAGCUCUGCAACUCGUGCCAUUGGUUACAGACAGGCCAUGGAAUAUCUACUGAAGUGUCGUCGACAAGAAGGUAUAAGUUCCCCUGGAGAAUUUUACGGUUUUUUGAACAACUUUCAGCGAGCAUCCAGAAACUUUGCGAAAAGGCAAAUGACAUGGUUCCGGUGUGAGCCUAAGUACCACUGGCUUAACGCUUCUAAACCUCUGGAUACAAUACUUGAAUUCAUAUAUGAUGCUUAUGAGAACGAAGCAGAGACGCUGGUGGUGCCAGAUUCUGUCAGGAUGAGCAAAGACAAAUCAUCCCGUCGAGAUGUUGAUGUUCUAAAGCGUUACCGCCCAAUAAAUAGGCAUUUCGUAGGACGAGAAGAUUGUGCUCCCGUAUUAGAGUGGAUCAGAAGUGAAGGAUGUAACAGUGACGAAGUCUCAACCGUGGAAGUAGCAGCAAGAUAG